AUGUAUUUUUGACCUUUCAAACAUUUUCGCAUAUUCUACCUUUGUUGCUCAUCAAGCCUAAAAGAAAACUACUUUAUUAUCCUUAGACCCUGGGGAGCCAAUCCGAAGCACUGAACCUAUUUCAUUCUACCCUUCUCAUUCCUGAGCUUAUAGACUCUCCCAUACUUUUAGAUUAGCAACCCAAUUGACAGAGACUGAUAAUAACUUUAUGUGUGUGUUGUUUGUUUCUGCCAGCUGGGUGGAAUGAUGACUUAGAGCUAGAAACUGAAUUUCAGAAUAUACAUUUCUUGGUCACUGAGUUUCUGAAUUGAGCUUCAGACCUGCUGUGCUAAAUAUUGGUGUGAUUAUUUGCUUGGUGUCUGCCCACCCCCCCCCCACCCCAGACUGUGAGCUCUCUGAUGGUAGGGACUAUGUGUUUUGUUCACCCCUGUAUCUUGAACACCUUGAACACUACCUUCACAGAGGAGUUAUUGCAACAAAUAUUUGCUGAGUGAAUGAGUGAUCAAGUUAAUGGGAGAAAUGUUGGCUUCAUGCAUACCCCAUAUUAAAACAUGAUCUAAUAUUUUAAGUGUGAUUUCCUUAGUAUCCUGCAAAAUUAUUUUAACAUCACCAAGGGUAAAGUAUUUUUAACAGUGGAAAACAUAACACACAAUCAAAUGGAACAUACAGUCAGCUUCGCAAAUCAGCUAAACAUAGGUCAUCAUUUUCUUUGUUCUCUAACAAUAUAAAAUCAAUUUCCUCCCUCACGACAAAAAGUAAAAACAGAUUUAUGAUCACUUUCUUUAGGUGAAUAUUGCUGCUGCUUUUGAGAUUGUGUUCCACUGACUGGUGGAGUUUACCUCCAACGUAAAGCACUUAACAUGAUGCCUGGCACAAAGUAGGUAGUUCUCAUUCUGAUUAUCCCAAACGCAUCCCUACUUCUUGGUCUGAGAACUUCUUUGCCCUUUGCAGCUGGCUAAGUCCUUGCCAAGGCCCCACUCCUGCAAAAGCUACACACUGCUAAUGACCUCAUUUGUUCCUUUAUACAUUUGGGCUUUGUGUCUGGUUUGUUCAUGAUUUACUACAAUGUUCAAGUCUACCCUCAAAUCCACAGAACAUUUACUAGGCUAUUAGGCUUCAUUUGCUUAGGUUGGCAUACUCAGUGGGUGAUAAAACUAAAAGGCUAACAGUUUACAUGAAACUAAUUCCUCGGUUAAAUAGAAAGCAGAACAUGUCCAUCAUGUGGAACAUAUAAAACAUGGUUAUGAAUCAUCAAAAUAAGCACUGCCUUUUCUAAAGUGAUGAAAUAUUUGUGUAGCAUCCAGAACAACUCAUGAAAAAAUGUACUCUCACCAUGUCUGUAUUUCUCUGAAUACUCAACUAUUGACAGAUAGAGUCCUAUUAUACCAGAAAGGAAAAAGUAUUCCGGGAUAUUUUAGGGAUCUUACAUCAUACCUCACUGACAACUUUAUUGAAUUUUUCAAGUUAUUAUAUAUAUUUAAAUUAUUUAUUGAGUUUUUAAAGUUUAUUUAUUUAUUUUGAAAGAGAGAGAAAGAAAGAGACAGAGUGCGCAAGCAGGGGAAGGGCAGAGAAAGAGCGAGAGAGAAAAUCCUAAGCAAGCUCCGUGCUGCCAGCGUGGAGCCCAAUGUGGGGCUGAAACUCAUGAGCUGUGACAUCAUGACCUGAGCCGAGAUCAAGAGUCAAACGCUUAAUUGACUGAGACACCCAGGCACCCCUAUUUAUUGUUUUUAAGUAAAUUUCUAGAAGCCCCAAGUAACGACAAAAAUAUAAUAAUAGCUUCUUUGUCCAUAUAAAAUUAAGCUUCAAAUAUCAAUGUUUUCUAAGAUUAUUAAAAACAUUUUUAGCUGCUCCUUUAAAUUCCUACUGAUAGAACACUUAAAAAUUACUAAAGUGAGUAGUAAAGUUUUAUCCAUAAAGUUAUGCAAAAACUUAUCUAAAUGAAUGAUAUUUCAAUACCCAUUCUACAGAUAUUUGUGAGUAGAAGUUAACUGGUUUUAAAGAGUGGGGAAAGGGGUUUCAGGUGAAGAAAACAGCAGAUGCAAAGGCCUGGAGAGACAGAGCAUGGACUUUCCACAAACAGUAAGGUUUUCAGUAGAGCUGGACCUUUGAGGGAUUGAGGGCCUGUAAAGGUAGACACUGGCCACCUCAUAAAAGGCCUUGUAGGCUAUGUUAAGAAAAUUUGGACUUUUUAAAAAAAAAAAUUUUUUUUUAACAUUUAUUUAUUUUUGUUACAGAGAGCAUGAACAGGGGAGGGUCAGAGAAAGAGGGAGACACAGAAUCUGAAACAGGCUCCAGGCUCUGAGCUGCCAGCACAGAGCCCGACGCGGGGCUCGAACCCACAGACCGCGAGAUCAUGACCUGAGCCGAAGUCGGACACCCCAACCGACUGAGCCACCCAGGCGCCCCAGGAAAUUUGGAUUUCUUCUUGAGGAAAACGGAAAGCCAUUGAAGAGUUUUCAAAGUGGAGACCAGGUUCCAUCAAGAAUGAUGUCGGUCAUCAAGGUGGAAGAGAGGGAGGACUGGGGAAUCAUGCACCAAUACUUAAAUGCCAGAAAAAUGGCAAUGCCACAAGAAGUAUGGGUGAUAUGAUCUUGAUCACUGGCUGAACGGAUUUUUUUUCCAACCAGAGAUCACACAAGAGGAAUCAAUUUAAAAGAUUAGUUUUCAAUUUGCUAAAAAGUGAGUCAACAACUCUUUAAGAUCUCAAAUGCCAGCUUUUCUAGUUUAGGUAAGAGCUUUGCCAGAAUGAGCACUUUCAGAAAGUUUACAAGAGAAAUUUCAUUAUUUAGCUCAUUGGGAGUUUAUGUAUUCAGGUUUCUGUUAUAAAAAAUAUGUAUUGAUUAAUGCCUGCCUAAGUCAUGGGGUGAAGGAUAACAAGGAAGAUUCUAGUCAGAGAACUUCCCCUGUAUUCUAAAGGAAAGUUAUGUUUUCUAGUCCAUCCCAACGGUGAGGGAAGAAGAUAAAUGUUUAUAUUGUCAAGCAGGACACGUGUUAUCUCAUUAGUUUUAAGAAGCAGUUAUUGGGGCACCUGGGUGGCUCAGUUGAUUAAGCGUCUGACUUCAGCUCAGGUCAUGAUCUCGCAGUCCAUGAGUUCAAGCCCUGCGUUGGGCUCUGUGCUGACAGCUCAGAGCCUAGAGCCUGUUUCAGAUUCUGUGUCUCCUUCUCUCUGACCCUCCCCUGUUCAUGCUCUGUCUCUCUGUGUCUCAAAAAUAAAUAAGUUUUAAAAAAGAAAUUAAAAAAAAGAAGCAGUUACUAUCACAAUUUUACAGAGAAGAAUUCUUGGAGACGUUAAAUAUUUUGGUUAAGAUUCUAGAUCAUCUAAGUGGGAUACGAAGAUUCAAAUUCAAAACACAAGAAUGCAAAUUUUUUAAAAUUUUUUUAAACGUUUAUUUUUGAGAGACAGAGUGAGAGAGGAAGAGGGGCAGAGAGAGAGAGGGAGACAGAAUCUGAAUCAGGCUUCAGGCUCAGAGCUGUCAGCACGGAGCCCAAUGCAGGGCUCGAACUCAGGAACUGUGAGAUCAUGACCUGAGCCAAAGUCAGAAGCUUAACUGGCUGACCCAUCCAGGUGCCCCAAACACAAAUUCUUAAGUUAGUUUUCUCAUGGCUUUGAGAAGGUAUUGCUUUCGAUACUGAAAAACUCUUAUAAGAUAGGUUUUCGCACUCUAAAGAUAUGCUUAUCAAAGUUUAAAGGGUUUAAAACUUGCCCCAUGUCACUUAGUAAGUGACAAGGCUGACAUUGAAAGUCCUACUUGGCUACUUCCAAAGUUUGUGUUUUUCCAGAUGUCUUCCAAGUGAGCAUCCUGUUUGUUGUCUUAUGGAUGCCGCUAAUGGUAAGUGAUGGUGUUCAGAAGUGACUGAAUAACUAGCAAUAAUCAUAAAGGCACAUUAUCAAAACUUCACAGUGUAACCUAUGUGCUUUGCAAAUAUUGUUAAAACGAGAUUCUGACCAAUAAAAUGUCAGGAAAGCUAGUAUAAAUUGGACAAGUGUGAAGGUAAGUUCAAAACUUGAUUUGGCAAUAUUCACCACGUCAGAUUCUUAUUCAGCAAGAUGAAGGGCUCCAUUUUAAUUUUGUUUCUAUUUUCUGUCCUUCUUGCCAUCUCAGAAGUGACACUUGAGGAGUCUAUAAAGCUCUGUGGACUAGAGUACAUAAAAGCAGUCAUCUAUACCUGUGCUGGCCCCAGGUAGAGAAGGCACCCGGAAGGAAUCCCUCAAAGUCAAGAAGAAACUACUUCUAACUUCCAGAUGAGCACGAAUGAAGUUUGGGAGGAAAGCCUGGUGCAACACUUUCCGCAGGUGGAUUCCUCAGGAGAGAAGAGACUUCAGGAUGAACAGCUGCCAAGGGCUUUGGGGCUCAAAGAAGCUUUGGGGCUCUUGUCAGGUCAAGACUUACAGACAUUGUGCUGCCCUGAUGGCUGUUCCGUGACUGAUUUGCGCGCUCUUUGUUAAGACAAGAGCAGAUGCCCGAUGAAGGUAGAGCUUUGAGCAUGCGCUUAAUCACGGUGUUUUACUGCUCAGUACAACACUUGCAUUGUGUUAUGAAAACAAUGGCUUUGGGCUAGGCAAUCUUUCUUUCCUAAAAGUUGUGGAUCAAUAGUUAAAACCACAAUGAAGUGUAUUUUCUCUCUUUGCCAAAGUGAAUGCACUGUUCUUUUCAAAUUUUAACUAAUCUUUUGAAAUUUUAAAUGCUGUGCAAAAUUGCAGUUAAAAUGCCAUAAACCAAGCUCACUGUGAUUUUCUUCUUGUAAAAAAUUUUAAAAUAACUUUAAAACAGUAAGCAGAUUAUGCUGAUGGUAGGAAAAUGUUAAAAAAUAUGCAUAAAAAGAAAAUAAAAAUCAACUCUUACCUCAUCAUCCAGAAAUAACUAUCCACUCUUAACUUUUGGGUUGCUGUAUAUUAUUAACUGAGAAUUUAAACAUUGUUUCGUGGUCAAGUAUAAGAAUCUAAACAAAGUACUUUUUCUCAAAACAUCUUUAAGUGCUCAAAAAAUGUUUCCUAAUAUGCAGCCCUUCUACUUGAGGAUAGCUGGAGACAUAUGUGUAUCAGUUAGAUCUCCCUAAAACCCAGAGAAUAUUUGAGUAAUGAGCUCCUUCCUAUAGUCUGGGCUGCUUUGGUUUUGCCUUCCUACUGCUGAGAUAAAAGGACAUUGUGUUGGGGCACCUGGGUGGCUCAGUCGGUUGAACCUGCGACUUCCGCUCAGGUCAUCAGGUCAUGAUCUGACAGUCGGUGAGUUGGAGCCUUGCAUCAGGCUCGCUGCUGUCAGCUCAGAGCCUUGAACCUGCUUAGGAUUCUGUGUGUCUCUUUCUCUCUCUCUGCCCCCCUCCUUGUGUUCUCUCUCUCUCUCUCAAAAGAUAAAUAAAAAUAAACAUUUUUUUAAAAAAGGACAUUGUAUUCUCCUUCUAGAAAUUAAGAAACUGAGACCUGUAUAGCCAAAUCUCGUGACACAAUUGGAUGUUUUUACAAACAAAGUAAGGAAAUCACAAAACUAUGUUUUCAUUUCUAACUCUGACAUUCAACUCCCCAGUGGUUUGUAACAAUACACUCUCUGUUCAUCUGUGGUGCUGGUCUUAUUACUACUACAGUCUGUAUUUGAAAUCCAUCUACUACAUUCUGGGCACUUAAACUGUGUCAAAGCCUUGUGCAUGGCAUUUAAACAUUUUAACACAUUUGUUGCAGGAAACCUAUGAGUGUGGACAGUACACUUCAUCACCAUUUUGCAGAUAAAGAAACUAAAGCUCAGUGGAAUCAGGUAAACAUGUCCUCAGUCACAGACAGCUAAGGAGGGUGGUGUUACUGGAUUCAAACUUAGGCUGCUUAGCACGAAGGCAGUCACAUCAAACUGUACUGGUAGUCAAUGUAUUCUUCACCACCAGGAACUCCCUGGGUAUUUUUGUUCGUUUGGUUUUUGGUUUUGCGAUGUGUGCGUGUGUGUGUGUGUGUGUGUGUGUGUGUGUGUGUGUGUGUCACUGGAAGAAUGUCCAUUGAUGAAGUGGUGAAAAUCAUAUUAAGUCUCAGUCUUUGAAUACAUGCCUUUUCAAUACGGGUAGGUGUGAAAUGGGGAGACUGCAUGAAGUGCUUUUGCAGCAUACUGGAGUGUGAUGGUGAUCUCGUGGUAAAGCACUUACCUGACUAAAUUGUGAACUUAAACUAGCUGCUUUUCCCGUGAAGCAUCUUUUUUUUUUUUUUUUAAGAAAGACUGAAAAACUGUAGUUAUUCAGAUAUGGUAUUUGAAAUUAAACAAAAAAUGUGAAAAUGAACAAAAUGAGCCUCACUUCAAGAAAAACAAUUGACAAUAUUUGUUGCUGAUGAUAAAAUUCAAGCUUCCAAGCAAUUUUAAGAAACUUUUAUCCUCUACCAUGGGCACCAGUGGUGAUAUUAAUGAAUUUUACUUUUUGAUAUCGUGUAGUGAAAUGCGUUAACAUUUGGGAGAUCUGCAUAACUCAGUGAACCAGUAUUUUCCAAAUGAUGGAUGCAUGAUAUUACAAAAUCAUGAGUGGGGAAAAGACCCAUUUAAUGUGCAAAAUAAAGAUUUUAAUCUAACAGUACAAAAAUUCAUUGAUGUGAUUUCAGAUUCUACAUUGCAACUAACCUUUAAUAAACAGCUACUUGUCAAGUUUUGGUAUAAUAUUAAAAAAGAAUAUCAAAAUGAUCUAAAAAGAUAAUUUCAUUAAAUAACAUUGAAAUCAUCUUAAAUUAAUGAAACAAAAUAGUCUUUUAAAAUAAACUUCCCUUUUUCAACUAAAUAUCUGGAUUUUCUGUGAGGCUGGACUUUUCUUUUCAUAUAUUCAAUCAACAUAACACACAGUAACAGACUGAAUGCAGAAGCUGAUAAUGAGAAUUGUGCUGUAUUUUAUAAAGGCAGUCCUUAGAGACUUGUAAAAAUAUAAAACAGGACCACUCUUCAACAUAUGUAUUUUGUUUUGUGAAAAUAGAUAUUUUUCAUAAAAUGUUAUUGUGUUAAUAUGUGGUAGGUUUAUUAUUUUUAAAUGAGUUAAUAAAUAUUUUUAAGUUUCUGUUUUAAAUUCCAGUAUGAUAAAUCUGGAUAAAUUCAACCCACAUAAACAAAAGCCCUUUGAAGUUCUUAAUAAUUUUUAAGAGUAUAAAGAGUUCUGAGACCAAAAAGUUUGAGAGUUCCUAUUCUAGAACAUGUAUGUUUUUAGAUUUCAUCAAUAGAUAUUCAAGUUGUUUGCAGUAGUUGCCAUUAUAAAUAAAGAUGAAGUAAACAGCCUUGUUCAUGUACCCUUACAUACUGACACUUUUACUUUAAUGGGAUAGCUUAUCAAGUUGCUAAGAAAAAAGGCGUGUUUAUUUUUUCAGUAUAUUUGUAGUAGUUAUUAUUUAAUUGAUAUAUACUUAUAGUUAUUUAAAAUGUAUCUAUAUAAUUUAAGUACAUGGAGAAACAAAAAAGAAAAAUGAGACCUACUCUCUUCACUUAAAUAAAUCCCAUAGUCAGGAUGGGUGAAAAAUAUAUGUAUCAAGUUAGGAAAUGCAAAUAAUCCAGAGAAGUGUGAAAUAAAACAAAACUUCAUUGCCUUCCAUUUGGUUCUAAAGUAAUAGUAUAACCCUUAUUAAGAGUUUCUUAUAAUUUCUGCCAGAAAAGAAAUGUUUAUAUUGAAUUUAUAUAGUAUAGCUACAAAUAUAGUUAGAUAGCUUGUUCUAUAUCUGUGUCUAUCUCUCAUCUAUCUACCUACCUAUCUGCCUAUUAAUCUAUCUAUAGCAGAGAUUUUUAGCUGUCCUCCAAAAUUUCUCCUCUUCCUUUUGGUCACACAGCUAGACUACAUCUUGGUCUCCUUUGCAGGUAUAUGUGGUCACGUGACUAAUUUUGGCCAAUUAAAUGUGAGUAGUAGUGAUAUGUGCCACUCCAAGACUAGCCCUUAAAAUCAUUCAUACUAUUCCUCAACUUAGCAAGUAAUAGCCUUUGAGUUAUUUUAUGUAUUUACAUUUAAAAAAUUUUUCAUUUUAUUUUCUUUUUUUUUGAGAAAGUGUGCAAGCAGGGGAGAGGGAGAGAGAGAAUCCACCCAGCAUGGAGCCCCACAUGGGACCAAUCUUGUGAUCAUGAUCAUGAGAUCAUGACCUAAGCUGAAAUCAAGAGUCAGGCGCUUAACCAAAUGAACCACCCAGGCACCCAGUUGUUUGAUGUUUGAUUCUUUUUUUUUUUUUUACAGGAAUUAACCUACUCUAAUACAAUACCUAUUGAGCUUAUCAUACUAUUUAAAAAAGUUUUUUUAAUGUUUAUUUACUUUUGAGAGACACACAGAGCGCAUGCAGGGGAGGGGCAGAGAGAGAGGGAGACACAGAAUCUGAAGCAGGCUCCAGGCUCUGGGCUGUCAGCACAGAGCCCGACACAGGGCUAGAACCCACAAACCGUGAGAUCAUGACCUGACCCUUAACUAAGCCACCCAGGUGCCCCUAUCAUACUAUUUUACACAGAAAGUGACUACCAUACUACUUCCAUCCUGUUGUUGUAUGUAAUAUAUCUUGGAGAUAUUUCAGUAACAUUUUGGUAUGUGUAUUUUAAAUUUAAAAACAUAUAUGAAGAGGGCCACGUGGGUGGUUCAGUCAGUUAAGCGUCCAACUUCGGCUCAGGUCAUGAUCUCGCAGUUUGUGGGUUCCAGCCCCGCAUCAGGCUCUGUGCUGACAGUUCAGAGCCUGGAGCCUGCUUUGGAUUCUGUGUCUCCCUCUCUCUCUCUGUUCCUCCCCCGCUCA